UGGUCCAGGCGGCGUGGGCCGGGCUCCCAUUGGCCCCGCGGCGAGUCCCCAUGGCCGCGUCCGUGCGGGUAUUUCUGGGCGCAGGCAAGGGGCGCCAGCGGAGUGCCGGGGCAGCCUGUUCCAGCGGGAUGACUCAGUGGUACCAGCUACAGCAACUUGACUCCAAGUUUUUGGAGCAAGUUCACCAGCUGUACGAUGACAGCUUUCCUAUGGAAAUCAGGCAGUAUCUGGCACAGUGGCUGGAAAACCAGGAUUGGGAACAUGCAGCCACCAAUGUAUCUUUUGCUACGGUGCUAUUCCAUGACCUGCUGUCACAGCUUGAUGAUCAAUUUAGCCGAUUUUUGAUAGAAAACAACUUUUUGCUGCAACACAAUAUAAGGAAAAGCAAACGUAAUCUUCAGGAUAACUUCCAAGAAGACCCCAUACACAUGGCAAUGAUCAUCCAUAACUGUCUGAAAGAGGAGAGGAAAAUAUUGAACAGUGCACAAUUGUCUAAUCAGAUGGAAGUGGGAGGUGUACAGAACACCAUGACUGGGAUGCUGGACAAACAGAAGGAGCUUGAUGCAAAAGUUAAGGCUGUAAAAAACAGUGUUACAGAUGUAGAACAAGACAUCAAGACACUAGAGGAUGUGCAAGACGAAUAUGACUUUAAACAUAAAACCUUCCAGAAUAGAGAGUAUGAGCCCAAUGGUGCAUCACAAGAGGAAUGUAAGAAAGAACAGAUGAAUCUCCAAAAGAUGUUUCUCUUACUUGACAUCAAGAGAAAGGAAGUGGUGGCCAAGAUAAUACAGCUAUUGAACACCACAGAGCACACACAGAGUGCUCUUAUUAAGGAGGAGCUGGUGGAGUGGAAACGGAGGCAACAGACUGCAUGCAUUGGUGGCCCACCCAACGCCUGUCUUGACCAGCUACAGAACUGGUUCACCAUUAUUGCUGAAAGCCUGCAGCAAGUUCGUCAGCAGCUCAAAAAGCUUGAGGAACUGGAGCAGAAACUUACUUACGACCCUGACCCCAUCACAAAAAACAAACAAGUCUUGCAGGACCGAACGCACAGUCUUUUCAAACAGCUUAUCCAGAGCUCCUUUGUGGUAGAGAGGCAGCCUUGCAUGCCAACACAUCCACAGAGGCCAUUAGUCCUGAAGACAGGAGUACAGUUCACUGUGAAGCUGAGAUUGCUGGUGAAAUUGCAGGAAUUGAACUACAACCUGAAAGUGAAAGUGUUAUUUGAUAAAGACGUAAAUGAAAAGAACUCAGUCAAAGGAUUCAGGAAAUUUAAUAUUCUAGGAACAAACACGAAAGUAAUGAACAUGGAAGAAUCUACUAAUGGAAGUUUAGCAGCAGAAUUCAGGCAUUUGCAACUGAAAGAACAGAAGAACGCAGGAAACAGAACAAAUGAGGGUCCUCUUAUUGUAACAGAAGAACUUCACUCUCUGAGUUUUGAGACACAGCUGUGCCAGCCUGGCUUAGUAAUAGAUCUAGAGACCACGUCGCUUCCCAUCAUUGUCAUCUCUAAUGUGAGCCAGCUUCCAAGUGGAUGGGCUUCUAUCUUAUGGUUCAACAUGCUGUCUACUGAUCCCAAGAAUUUGUCCUUCUUUCUAAACCCCCCUUGUGCAAAGUGGUCUAAACUUUCUGAAGUUCUGAGCUGGCAGUUCUCUUCCGUGACAAAAAGAGGACUUAACACAGAUCAACUGAACAUGCUGGGAGAGAAACUACUUGGGUCAACAAGUGGAGGAUCUCACGAUGGCCUUAUUCCUUGGACAAGAUUCUGCAAGGAAAACAUAAAUGAUAAAAAUUUCCCUUUUUGGCUGUGGAUAGAAGGAAUCCUGGAACUUAUUAAGAAGCACCUCCUGUGCCUCUGGAACGACGGCUGUAUCAUGGGUUUCAUCAGUAAGGACAAAGAACGCGCUUUGUUGAAGGACCAGAAACCAGGAACGUUUUUGCUGAGAUUCAGUGAAAGCAGUAGAGAGGGAGCAAUCACCUUUACCUGGGUAGAAGGAUCUCAGAAUGAGCCCCAGUUCCACUCAGUGGAACCAUACACCAAGAAGGAGCUCUCUGCUGUUACUUUCCCUGAUAUCAUUCGCAACUACAAAGUGAUGGCGGCUGAAAACAUUCCUGAGAAUCCACUGAGAUUUCUGUACCCAGAUAUUCCCAAAGACAACGCCUUUGGCAAAUAUUACUCCAGGCCCAAGGAGGCCCCAGAGCCUAUGGAUACAGAUACUCCCAAAGGAAACGGCUACAUCAGGACUGAGUUAAUCUCUGUAUCUGAAGUCCACCCAUCCAGGCUCCAAUCUCCAGAAAAUCUGCUGCCCAUGUCUCCUGAAGAGUUUGAUGAGGUGUCUCGGAUGGUGGACCCAGCAGAGAUUGACACAGUGAUGUGUUCAGCAUACACGACGUAAAGUUAGAGCUUUUUACUGCACCACUAGCACAGCCAAUCAGCUUCUGCGUCCUGCUCUACAGUUGGGCUUCAAUUCUUUGGGAAGGCUACACGUAAUUCAAAGCACAUCAGUUUCUCAACCUGAAAGUCCAGUAGCAAUUUCUAAUCAGGGGGGAAUGUAAGCAGCAUUUGAAUAGCCUCUGUAUGUGCACUUCUUUAUUUCAAAUUGCAUUAAACAAUUUGCUAUUGACAAGAUGCUGUACCAGAGUGCAGGAAGAAAGGAGAACAGGAACAAGGGGCCCUCAGCAAGAGCGAGGGAGAAACAUACACUGAAGCAUGUUAGUGGAAUGGAACAGCUAAAGUAGCUGGCUGUACAUAGAAUGCUUCAAAGGAAAGCUCGUUCUUUUGCAGAGGGUCUGUUCAGAAAGCCUUCACCUGCUGAGCAAUUGCUUCUGAAAAACUUCAUGUUUUCUUCUGCAUCACAGAAAAAUGAGCAGAUGAACACUGCAGGUACACACCACAGCAAAUCCGUGUGCUGCUGCAGUUUGCUCUGGCUUUCUUUGAUGCAGGCAUAGCGUGCUGCCCUGCAGAAGAACAUAAACCAAAAAACAGUUCAUUUUUGCUUAUUUUCAUAGUAAAGGCUUCUUGGGUAGGAUGCUUUGCAUGAUCUUUGACAUUAAGAGCACUUCUUAGGACAACUAGUUAAUACUUCACUGUUAAGAGGUAAGGUUGCCUUUAGCAGUGGGUCUCUUGGACUGAGAGCAUUUAUUAGUCCAGACUGCUAAUUAGCACACAGCUGAUCAGAAGGGCUCCACAACACUGAUGCUGGAUCCCACAUACUUAAGCAGUUCCUACUGCAGCUUCUGAGCCUGCUGCCAUGCACUGCCACUGCCUGGGAGAUCAGGACUGCAGUGCUACUUUGCUGCCAUGCAGAUAUGCCAAAUCGAUCCACUGAUUGUUAAAUAAAACAACCAGUUCAGUUUAGUGUUGUGCCCAAGAUGACCUAUGUGGCCCCUGAGAAAGCUUGAAGGAAGUAAAAUAUGCAGGACCUAGCAAAGUGUUCCUACACUUUAUUUUUUUGUGCCAAACAUAGCUGAGGUUAACAGGGAAUCACAACCGGUGACCUGAUAUUUUCAUGUUAUCACAAAUAACUGAAUGCUAAAAUUUUGGUGAAACAAAAGCAGACAUUUGUUUCUUGACUUACAUCUUCUACCCACGUUUUAUGUGCCAGUUUGUUUUCAUUACUUGUAAACUACAAUGUGAGCAGCCAGGAUGAGGUUUUCUUAUGAGAUUUAAAGCAGUGGCCCUAUGUCAGCUUUGCCUCUUUUGGGCCAGUAGUCCCAAAAGCAUUAUUGUUCUUUUCACUCCCCACUAAGAGACUGUUUUUUCUGCUGUUUUAAAUAAAUGGAACUGUGUACUGACA